AUGUGGACUGUGGGGCUCUGGGUGACACUCCCGCUUCUCAGCAGGGUCAGCCUGGCAGAUCUGCCAGCUAAACCAGAGAACAUUUCUUGCAUCCUAUAUUAUAUGAAAAAUUUAACCUGCACUUGGAGUUCAGAGCAAGAAGCUGUGAAUUACACUGUUAAGAGAAUUUAUUCUCGUGGAAAGAAUGUGACUUGUACAACUAGUAGCUCUAGAAAUAAAAACUCUGCUUCGUGCUCUUUCUUUCGUCCAACAAUAAUAUCACCAGAUUAUCACUCCGUCCAAGUUGAAGCUCAAAAUGCAGAUGGCACAAUUAAAUCUGAUAUAAUAUUUCAAAAUUUGGAUGCCAUAAUGAAAACUGAAUCACCUGAGAUUUUGAGUGUGGAACCAGUUUUGAAUGUUGCACGAACACUUCAAGUAACGUGGAAAAUGCCAAGUCCGGCACUUGAAUCAUAUAUUUUCAAAUAUGUGCUUCGAUUCAGAGCAGUAAAUGUUACCCAAUGGACAGAAGUCAACUUCGAACAGGACCCCAGAUCCUCUGACAGGCACGAGUAUUUACAGCACAGUCUGACAGGACUGCAGGCGUUUACAGAAUAUGCAGUGGCUCUCCGGUGUGCUGUGAAAGAGUCAGUGUUCUGGAGUGACUGGAGCCCAGAAAGUUGGGGGACAACCGCGGAAGAAGCUCCAUUUGGCCUUGAUGUGUGGAGAGUGCUGGGCCCAGCUGAGGUGGAUGGAAAAAGGACAGUGCAGCUGUUGUGGAAGAAGGCAAAAGGAGCCCCAUUCCUGGAGAAAGCACUUGGCUACAACAUCCGGUACUUUCCAGAAAACAACACUAACCUAACAGAAAGCAGGAAUACCAGUAGCCAGCAGUUUAAACUGCAUCUGGGACACAAGCCCUACUUGGUGUCUGUGAUUUCUUACAAUUCUCUGGGAGAGUCUCCAGUGAGCACCCUAAGGAUCCCAGCUGCUGAUGAGAAGUCCUUCAGGAGCGUUGAGUCAGUUCUCGCCCGUUGCACUCAGGACCAGCUGGUGGUGGAGUGGCAGAGCUCCUCUCCGGAUGUGGACACGUGGAUGGUUGAGUGGGUCCCAGAUCGAGACUCAGAGACCUCCACCCUUUCCUGGGAGUCUGUGACUCAGGCCAGGAACUGGACAAUCCAGCAAGAUAAAUUAAGACCUUUCUGGUGCUAUAAUAUCUCUGUGUAUCCAGUGAUGCAAGACCGAGUGGGGGAGCCAUAUUCCAUCCAGACCUAUGUCCAAGAAGGCAUACCGACAAAAGGACCUGUGAUCAGGGCAGAGAACAUUGGCGUGAAGACUGUCACGAUAUUAUGGCAAGAGAUCCCCAAGAAUGAGAGGAAUGGUUUCAUCAACAACUAUACUAUAUUUUAUCAAUCGGAAGAUGGAAAAGAGUUCUCCAAGACUGUCAACUCCAGCAUCCUGCAGUAUGAUCUGGACUCCCUGGCAAGAAAGACUUCUUACUCUGUUCAGGUCCUGGCCAGCACCAGAGCAGGAGGAACCAAUGGCACCAGGAUAAACUUCAAGACAUUGUCAAUUAGUGUCCUUGAGAUUCUCCUUGUAACGGCUCUGGUUGGGGGCGGACUGCUGAUUCUCAUCAUCCUGACAGUGGCAUACGAGCUCAAAACACCCAACAAAUUGAAGCACCUCUGCUGGCCUAAUGUCCCCAACCCCGCUGAAAGCAGCAUAGCCUUGUGGCAUGGAGAGGCGCUCAAGGAUAAGCUGAAUCUGAAGGAGUUUGAUGACCCUAUGACCAUGGAGGAAGACAGGAUCCUAAAACCAUGUCCUAUCCCCCAUGACCUUAUUGACAAGUUGGUAGUGAACUUUGAGAAUUUUCUGGAAGAGGUUUCCAUAGAGCAGCCUAGAAAAGGUCAGAAAAAUGUUUUGGGAGGUGAAGAGAAUGAAUAUGUGACCUCCCCCUUCAGGCCAUACUGUUUCGUUGAGAAGAGUUUUGAGGAUUACUCCAUUUCAACCAAGAUUCCACCCACAAAGACCCAGCUGUGUCCUGACAUGCCGGAGGGCAGCAACUCAGAAGUCAAUGAGCAUGUUUCCUCCACACAGUGUUCUGGGCCAGACCAUGUCUAUGAGGAAGCACCAAAUCCCUACCUGAAAAAUUCUGUGACAACCAGAGAAUUUCUUGGGUCUGAAACACUGCUAGACCAAAGCAAGAAGGACUGA